GGAGCGAGGGGCGGGGGAUCGGCGGGCGCGCGCGCGCGGAUGGGCGGGCGGGCGCGCGCCGUCCCGAGAAGGGCUAGGCAGCGACCCGGACAGCUGUUAAAGGGGCAAUGUCCCCAGGACUGCGGGGCCCACCGGGCGGAGACGGGAGAACCGAGCUGCGGACACGGGAGGGCGAGCAGGACGCAGGCACUCGGGAGGGUGGCCAGCGCCCAAAUAGCCGGGAAAAGUGGCGGCCGACCCCGCACCAAUGAGGAGACUCAGUCCAGCCGCCCAGCCCAGUCCAGUCAUGCAAGCGCAGGAAGAUGGAGACAACCUUAUCCCUUUUGCCAAGUGUUCCAGGGUGGUCAGCCGAUCUCCACCACCCAGCUUGCCUUCCCGGAGCCUCAGACUGACGCCCCAGCGCUAUGGAGACACCUUCUGGGAGAACCUUAGUCAAAGGCCCAGCCCCACCUGGAUGGAGGAACAGUACAUCCCACCCCUGCUGAGAGCCACUGGUUGCUCCCAGCCUGGCCUGUACCCCCCCGAACGGCUCCCACCCCCUGAGGUGCUCUGCAGAAGAAAGAGAAGGAGGCCACAUUUGGUGGGAAUGCAGCAGGGAUCUGGGGGCAUCCCAGCCCGGGUAAGGGCUGUCACUUAUCACCUGGAGGAUCUAAGGAGGCGACAGAGAAUCAUCAAUGAACUGAAGAAGGCCCAGUGGGGCAGCUCUAGGGCUGCUUCUGAGCCCCUGGUGCUUGACGACGACGGCUGUGGACUCCCCAACACCACCGAACACCCUGGUCUGGAAGAGGAGAGGGCAAACUCUCCACGGGAAGAGGACCACUUCCUCGCUCCUGGCAGGGCCCAGCUGCUUUGGUCUCCCUGGAGUCCCCUGGGCCAGGAGGGGUCUUGUCUCUCCGGGCGGCCGAGCUCUCUGGCCUCCUUCAGCACUGUCACAACCAGUAGGGACCCCCUUUACAAUCCCUGGGGGGUGGAGUUGCUGUCGGAGGAGUAAGGAGAAACCGCCCACGCCCAAGAUGCUAGCGUGCUCCAGGGCCCACGACUAGUUCUGGGCGCUGUUAUCUCCAGCAUUUCUGACAUCAAGGCAUUCCCCCUUUCCCUGACCUUUCUCACUUUCCUCUCCCAUCCUCUGAACUAGGCACGAACGGGGCUCCCUUGGCCUCCCAUCUCUACCCGCCCCUCUCACAGGAGCUCCUCAAGGCCUGUCGUCCCGCAGGCCGGCUCCCUGCCACUGUGUUCUCUUCUUGUUCUGUUAUUAAAAAGCAAGCAAGUUGA